AGUAAUAGAGUCCAUGGCAGCUCCUUCGCACAUCGCGGCGAACUGCGUAAGGCCAAGAGGAUUGUGGUUAAACUAGGAAGCGCUGUGGUCACCCGUGGCGAUGAAUGUGGUCUGGCUCUGGGGCGACUGGCUUCAAUUGUGGAGCAGGUGGCCAUGCUGCAGAAUCAGGGCAGGGAGAUGAUGAUCGUCACCAGUGGAGCCGUGGCUUUUGGCAAGCAGAGGUUAAGACAUGAGAUCCUUCUGUCUCAAAGCGUCCGACAGGCGCUACAUUCAGGAAAUGGUCUGCAUAAAGAGAUGUUUGUCCCAGCGCUGGAGGCCCGAGCCUGCGCUGCGGCUGGACAGAGCGGGCUAAUGGCUCUGUAUGAAGCCAUGUUCACUCAGUACAGCACAUGCACUGCACAGGUUCUUGUGACGAAUCUGGAUUUCCACGAUGAUGAGAAGAGGCAGAACCUCAACAGCACUCUGCAGGAGCUGCUGCGCAUGAACAUCGUUCCCAUCAUCAACACCAAUGAUGCAGUGGUACCUCCACCAGAACCCAACAGCGACCUGCACGGGGUAAAUGUGAUCAGCAUUAAGGACAACGACAGUCUGGCAGCACGGCUGGCUGUGGAGAUGAAGGCUGACCUGCUCAUUGCGCUGUCUGAUGUUGAAGGGCUGUACAAUAGCCCACCUGGAACAAAUGAUGCUAAACUCAUAGACAUUUUCUACUCUGGAGACCAGCAGUCCAUCACCUACGGGACAAAGUCCAGAGUUGGGAUUGGAGGCAUGGAGGCCAAGGUUAAGGCAGCUCUUUGGGCGCUGCAAGGAGGCACCUCAGUGGUCAUUGCAAACGGCACAAACCCCAAAAUAACCGGCCAAGUAAUCACUGACAUAGUGGAGGGGAAGAAAGUGGGAACCUUCUUCUCUGAGGUCAAACCUGCUGGUCCAUCUGUGGAGGAGCAAACAGAAAUGGCCAGAAACUCAGGAAGAAUCCUGGCAUCUCUUCAUCCAGACCAGAGAAGCGAGAUCAUCUGCCAUCUAGCAGAGCUGCUGACGGAAAGGAAAAAUGAAAUUCUGGCUGCAAACAAGAUGGACAUGAAGAUGGCUGUCAGCACAGGACGUUUGCCUUCAGCCAUGUUGAAGCGUCUCAGCCUGUCAUCAGUUAAGCUAAGUAGUUUAGCCGUCGGUCUGCAUCAGAUCGCCAUGGCGGCUCAGGACAGCGUUGGGCGUGUGGUGCGAAGAACAAGGGUGGCUCCCAGUUUAGAGCUUGAGCAGGUCACGGUUCCCAUCGGGGUUCUUCUGGUCAUCUUUGAAGCCCGUCCUGACUGCCUGCCACAGGUCUCUGCUCUGGCAAUAGCCAGUGGGAAUGCUCUUCUCUUGAAGGGUGGCAAAGAAGCUGCCAACACCAACCGUGUCCUGCACCAGCUCACUCAGGAAGCCCUUUCUCUGCAUGGAGUCAGAGAGGCGGUACAGAUGGUGAACACUCAUGAGGAAGUAGAGGAUCUUUGCCGACUGGACAAGAUGAUUGACUUGAUUGUCCCCCGAGGUUCGUCACAGCUGGUGCGGGACAUUCAGCAAGCAGCCAAGGGCAUCCCAGUCCUGGGCCACAGCGAGGGAAUCUGCCACGUCUACGUUGAUGCAGACGCUGAUGUUGAUAAAGUCAUAAAAAUCGUGAGAGACUCCAAGUGUGACUACCCAGCUGCAUGCAAUUCAAUGGAAACUUUGCUAAUUCACCGAGAAAUCCUCAGGACUCCAAUGUUUGACAAGAUAAUUGAAAUGUUGCGCAUUGAACAGGUGAAGAUUCAUUCAGGCCCACGCUUUGCUUCCUACCUGACCUUCAGUCCGUCAGAAGCCAGCUCCCUACGCACAGAGUACAGCGACUUGGAGUGUUGCUUGGAGGUGGUGGACAGCGUGGAGGAGGCUGUGGAGCACAUACACAAGUACGGAAGCUCCCACACUGAUGUUAUCGUCACAGAAAACAAGGAGACGGCUGAACGGUUUCUACAGCAACUGGACAGUGCUUGUGUUUUCUGGAAUGCCAGCUCUCGUUUUGCUGACGGAUAUCGCUUUGGACUUGGAGCAGAGGUCGGCAUUAGCACAGCCCGUAUUCAUGCCCGGGGCCCAGUCGGCCUUGAGGGACUCCUCACCACCAAGUGGGUCCUGAGAGGCGAUGGUCACACGGUGGCUGAUUUCUCUGAGAGUGGCAGCAGGAAGUAUCUCCAUGAAAACAUCCCUGUUGAGCAGAAUUUAACUGGACACAGGGACAGCAACUAGCGUUCAUGUUAGCUUCGUUCUUGUGUCCUGUCUCCAAAGCUCUAAUCGAUGUUUUAUAAGCCGCUUAACCAAAACUGUAAUAUUUAUUUUUUGGUUCACAUAAUUCUCUUUCAAUGACAGAGUUUAUAAAUAUUUUUUUUCUGUUAAUUCCAUAACAAUUUAGCAGCAGGCUAAAUUACCAAAAUGCCUAAAUGAAGGAUUAUUUUUGGAGUGCCACAAGGUUCAGUGCCUGGGCCAAUUCUCUUUACUAUACAUAAUGUUCUUCCACUUGGUAAAAUCAUUAAAUACAUUUAAAUGUAGCUGAUGACAUUCAGCUACGUUUAUCCAAUCAGUUAAAUAGAUUAUAGGCAUGUCUUAAAGACAUAAAAACCGGGAUGACAUUAAACUUUCUGCUUUAAAUUCUGCUUUUAAAAGACAGAAUUUCUCAGAUUAGAUUAUUUGAAAAAUAAACUACUUGGUUUAUUUUUAUGGCCUCUGAUAAUAAAGUAAAUAAUAAUAGUUAUAUAGUUGAGCAGACCAUGUAAUUUAAAUAUCUUAUUAAACAGGUUUCUAGGAUUUCUUGCUUUCAUAUUCAGAAUGUCCCAAAAUGAAAUUCACUGAAGCUGGAAAAACUAGCCCAUGUAUUUGUUACGUCAAGGCUGGACUACUAUAAUUGUUUACUAUCAGGAUAUCCCCAAAAUGCUGUUAAAAGCUUCAGCUGAUACAAAAUGUUGAAAAGAGAGUUCAUAUUUUUUCUAUUUUAGCUUCUGUUCAUUGGCUCUAUGUUAAAUCUGGAAUAUAAUUCAAGAUUCUCCCUCUUACAAAUAUGUAAUAAUCAAGCUUCGCCAUACAUCAGCGAUCUGAUAGUUUUAUUUGCUUCUAACUGAGGACUUUGCCCUGAGACUGAAGGUUUGCUGCUGGUUCCUAAAAGUAGAAUGGGAGGCAGUUCCUUUAGGAUCAUCUCCUGAUAAUUAAAAGCAAACAUUCAGGUAGUUUUAUACAAAAACAAAGAAAACGUUCAAAUUAAAUGACACAAUUAUGAAUAGAUUUAGUGAGAUUUUUAUGUUAAGACAUUUGAAAAUGUUUUAAACUUCCAGAGAAGAAGGAAAAGGGGAUAGUAAUGUGAAAUCAGAGGAUUUUUAGUUACAUUUGGCUUAAUUUUUCUGUUGAAACAAAAGUAGAUGUGCAACAGCUACUUGUAGUGAUUGUGUUUGUUUUCUACGUAAUUCAACCAGCUGCAAAGAAAAUGUCCCUUAAAAGACAGUAAUAAAGUGAAUGCUGUGAAACAAGAAA